GCAGUGUUCACCUUCUACACUAAAUGUCCUUGACAUAAAAGGUCUUUUGGAUGCAAUCAACACCAUAUCCCAAACCGUUCGAAUGGGUCAGGAACCAUGGUGGGAUUGGAUUCAAUUGAGCGAGCUCUAUGCACAAUUGGAUACAUCCCUGAAACCCGGUGACCUUGCAUAUACAUUCGGAAGCCUUCAAUUCGUUUUCUAUCAAUUCGUUGAAAAGCAAGGCUACAAGCUCACAACACUGGAACGGCUGCGAGCGGGCAUCUACCAGGCACAGGCUCGACCCUGCAUCGUCAAACGGUGUCGAGAGGAUGGACGGUAUGAAGUCUAUCUCUUAACAACGUUCGGCAGCUCUGGGGUCAACCUCGAUCAUCUGAGCCCAGUCGCGCAAUUCUUUGGGGUUCCCCUCGGUGGCUCGAAGCAUCCCUCGUCCUCCAUGCCUCUCGAGAUACUCGGAAAGCCAACUUGGGACUCAGACAUCACACCCUAUGUCUUUGGAAUCCCCGUUAUAACAGAUUGCGUUAAUCCCUGGACUAGUCGAGGUUAUUUGAGGCUAGCUUCGCGUGAACUCGACCGCCUUAAUAACGUAUCUGAUCUGCAAAUGGAGCGUUUUCAUGUUGUUCAAGCACAGCUCCGAAAAGCAUACUGGGACUGGAAAACGGAAGAGCAUAGGAAGAAGAUGACCUCCCAGUCCCAGAAGCUCAAGAAGGACGUGGCGAGCCCCGAUCUUAAAGCUUCCUCCGCGACAGCCCAGCUAUACCAACCAAGUGGUUCAGAGUCAACGGACGUUGGAUAA